GUCAAGUUUUCUCAAUCUUGGAAAUGUUGACAUUUUGGAGCAGAUAAAUCUUUGUUGUCAGGGGCUGUCCUAUGCAUUGUAAGAUGUUUAGCAGCAUCACUGGACACUAGAUGCUAGUAGUACCCCCUCAUCAUCACAAUAAUCUACAAACAUCUCCAGACAUUGCCAAAGUCCCCUGGAGGGCAAAAUUGUCCCUGAUUAAGAAACAUGGCAUUAUUAUUAAUGACCAUCUCAACCCUAAAUGAACUCAACUAUACGUUUUAUCUACUUCAACCCUCAAGAAAUGAUUACUACUUGAGAAAGCUACACAGAGGGGCAGAAACUGGAUAUCUGCAUUUCCAUUUCUGUGCCUGAUAGAGUUUCGAUUCAUCAUGGAUAAUCUGUCAUCAGAAGAAAUUCAGACGAGGGCUCACCAGAUUACUGAUGAGUCUCUGGAAAGUACAAGGAGAAUCCUGGGUUUAGCCAUUGAGUCUCAGGAUGCAGGAAUCAAGACCAUCACUAUGCUGGAUGAACAAGGGGAACAACUAAAUCGCAUAGAAGAAGGCAUGGACCAAAUAAAUAAAGACAUGAGAGAGGCAGAGAAGACUUUAACAGAACUCAACAAGUGCUGUGGCCUUUGUGUUUGCCCAUGUAAUAGAUUCUCAGAUGUUGGUGGUUUCUGUGAAAGCAGAACAAAGAAUUUUGAGUCUGGUAAGGCCUAUAAAACAACAUGGGGAGAUGGCGGAGACAACUCACCUAGCAACGUAAUAUCUAAGCAGCCAGGCCGGGCGGCAAAUGGUCAACCUCAGCAACCAACAACAGGAGCAGCCAGUGGAGGAUACAUUAAACGUAUAACUAACGAUGCCAGAGAAGAUGAAAUGGAAGAGAACCUGACUCAAGUGGGCAGUAUCUUGGGACAUCUAAAAAAUAUGGCUCUGGACAUGGGCACUGAGAUUGAAGCUCAAAACAAACAAAUAGAACAGAUCACAGAAAAGGCUGACACCAACAAAGAUCGUAUUGACAUUGCCAAUGCCAGAGCAAAGAAACUCAUUGACAGCUAAAGCUACUGCUGUACUUCUUUAUCAUUUAUUCACUUCCUAGCUCCUCCUCCGAAGUCAUUAUCUUUUUCAGAGUUUGAAAUUUUGGCUCUAUACUCUUCUAAUCGGGAAAUAAUGUGGAAGAAGGGCCAGAGGAGUAACAGCUGCUCCCCCAACCCCCAUUUUGUGUUUUCUGUUGCUGUUGAGGGUAGACUGCUGCUCAGCCUUCUUUCUGGUAUUGUCUUUCUCAGUUCAUAGUCUUAGAUUGGUUUUCAUACGUCACAUAUAGUGUUUUCAUCUUCUACUUUACUUAAGCAGUUUUUUUCACUUUCAAAAUUUGGAAGCAUUGCCAAAGACAACCCUGAGAAAGGAAGCUGAAGAGCUGAUUGGUUUAUUCCUUUGUUUUUAUAGUGGCAGAAGGGUGAGAGAGGAGGAAGAGAUAAGAGGUUGUUCUCUCAGUAAAAACCUGCAGGCCACAAAACAAGUUGCAUAGCCACAGUAAAGAUCUAGUUGGGUAUAAUUUUCAAUUUAAGUUGCAGUUAUUGCCAAUUUAGGCUAAUGCUUGAUUUAGAGCUUUUAUACACAAUAUUUUUGUUAUACAUCACAAUUUUUGCAACCUCUCCUCCAGAUAGAAUAGAAUGAGUUUUCUUAAAGUGAGCUUAAUUUCUGAACUCUUAGUGAUUCAUAUAUGUAUAUAGAUUCUGUGAUCCCAUUUCUUAUUGCUCUUCAGGAACACUUGGGAUAAAUGAAUAGUUUUUUAUUUUCACAUUAUUAGUAGUAUCUUGGUCCCAGUACAGGCCUAUUAACCUCAUAUAUAUGUCAUUAGUCUUUGAAGAAAAUAUGUAAAUAUAUAUUUGUAACAUGAGAAUUUCUCUCUAAAGCAGGGCUUAAAUUUUUUGAGAAAGUCUGACAAAGUAUAUCACGUAAAUUCAGAUUUACCUCAGUGCCAAGAAUUAUGUUUAGAUAGGAAAAAGGAAACUUAUUUUGAUCUCAGGUAGAAAAAUAGAUUGCUUUGAGUUUUAUGUGGCUUUAGAUUUUAAAAAUUAGUAUUUAUCCUGUCUUACUAAAAGGAAUUUGGAAAAUUGUGCCUUUGGUUUGAUUAUUGGUGAUUACACUGUCAUUCUCUUACCCUUGUGUAUUGAACUAUGUCCAGAAUCAAGUUUAUGUAGAUGUUAUGAGAUUUGGAUUGGUAUUUGUUACCUUUAUUUAAAAAUUAAUAUCUGAACACUUCAAAGAUAUCAAUGUGGAUUGGUUUGGCCACUAACCACUGCUUGAUCCUUUCAAUUAAAUUUUGUAACUAAC